GAUGAGAAGAACCAGCUAAUGACUACUAAUGUGUGGCUGUGGCAGGAGUGGGUCGAUUAUAAACUGCGCUGGAACCCAGAGGAUUACGGCGGUAUCACUUUCAUCCGUGUUCCUUCGGAGAGCAUUUGGCUGCCUGACAUUGUGCUAUACGAGAAUGCCGAUGGGCGUUUUGUGGGCUCACUAAUGACCAAAGCUAUUAUAAAAUACAAUGGCGCUGUGACCUGGACUCCUCCAGCAAGCUACAAAUCUGCCUGCACUAUGGACGUGACGUUUUUUCCUUUCGACCGCCAGAACUGCUCGAUGAAGUUCGGCUCGUGGACUUACGACGGCACCAUGGUGGACCUGGUCCUCAUAAACCACCAGGUAGACCGCAGCGACUUCUUUGACAACGGCGAGUGGGAAAUUCUAAGUGCGACGGGCGCAAAGGGCAGACGGCAUGAUGGCAUGCUCUCCUACCCCUUCAUCACUUACUCCUUCAUCCUUAAGCGUCUUCCUCUCUUUUACACGCUAUUUCUCAUCAUUCCCUGCUUGGGUCUGUCCUUCCUAACCGUUCUGGUGUUCUAUCUUCCAUCGGACGAAGGCGAGAAGGUGACGCUGUCCACGUCUGUGCUUGUCUCACUCACCGUCUUCCUGCUGGUCAUUGAGGAGAUCAUUCCAUCUUCAUCUAAGGUCAUACCGCUGAUCGGCGAGUACCUGCUGUUCAUCAUGAUCUUUGUUACUUUGUCCAUCAUAGUGACCGUGUUUGUUAUCAACGUGCACCAUCGGUCCUCAGCCACCUACCACCCAAUGGCGCCGUGGGUACGUGAGCUCUUUCUACAGCGCCUGCCUCAGCUGCUGUGCAUGCACACGCACACCGAGCGAUACCUUUACCCCGAGCUGGAGCCGCACAGUCCUGAAUUAAAUCCACGCACCAGAAAAGCCCAACCAGGCCCCGAGGGUGAAGGUCAGGCUCUGGUCAACAUGCUGGAGAAGGCCACUUGCUCUGUCCGCUACAUCUCACGCCACAUCAGAAAGGAAAAUUUCCUUAGAGAGGUGGUGCAGGACUGGAAGUUUGUUGCUCAGGUGUUAGACAGAAUUCUUCUCUGGGUCUUCCUCAUCGUUUCUAUACUAGGCACCAUCCUCAUUUUCACUCCUGCUUUAAAGAUGUAUUUACUUUCUUCAUCUCCUCCUUUAGCUCCGUAAAGCAC